AUGAAACCAAUGACUGCUGAUCGGUUUGUUGCCAAACAUCUAAAAUCAAUCGAAGGCAGCUCAAUUUUAUUUCGAAGCAGCCAGCUAAGAAAUAAUCACAUUGAAAUGAAUAAGAAAUCUGUUAUGAAGGUGGAUGUUGAAUCAGACUAUAUAAUUUCAGAUUCAGAGACGAUAGGGCCAUCUUCAACAAUAACGAAUACACUAAUUCCUGUGUCGGAGGAAAUAAGUAUUGAAUCAAUCCAAAAGGAAAAAUCAAUACUAAAUGUUAGCUUUGAUUCGUUGGACAUCAAAAGAUUAGGGCCCAUUUCACCAAAUGAAUCGUACAUGCAUUUAGAAGGAAUUGAAACACUGACUAAAUUAAAUUCCAGCGAUUCAACUUCUGAAAAAUCACUUGAUGAAUUUGAAAAUUGGGGUGGCUUUCCAGUUUUUCCCAAAGGCUGUGAAAGUAAAUAUAAAAGAAAAAGGAAUACAACGUACAUGGAAAAAACUCCUGAAAUCGACAGAAUAUUGCAAAAAAAAAAACCCGGUCGAACUUGA